AUGUCCAUUGACUUCGACAGUGCAGCCUUGCAGACUCAGCAUGACGAAGAGGAGUACGAUCAAGAGGAUUAUGCACGAGAACAAGAGCUGCACAAGCUCCUGACUGACCUUCCAGAUGACAUGCUGGAGGACAGCCGGGACUGCUCCUCUCCUGAGCUGGACUACUCCGACUGCAGUCACCACGACAACGAUGACAGACAACAACAUGGUGAGAAUGGACAAAUUGGGUGGCCACAUCAGUCCAGGCCUGCCUCCCCUGAGGAGAACUAUGAGGAGAACUAUGGUGAGGGUUCUUACCAUGAGGACUAUCCCUAUGAGAAUGGAACAGCCCGGCUGAAUGGCCAUGCUAAUCACCUUCAUAAUGGGACUGAACAUUUAGCUCAAGGCUGGGAACACCAGCAGGACCAGGACUACCAGCAUGACCACGGGGGCACUGGCUACUCCAGCAUUGACACAGAACAAGGAGGGGGCGAAAACGACUUCUCCGCCGGGGAGGGGUAUGCACAAGAACCUUACCACCAUGCUGUCGUCCACCCAGGGAGGGAGUACCACAGAGGAGAGGGGCAGGGCUAUGGAGAUCAUGCUAGUGUCGCAAGCCAUUUUCAGAAUUUUGACAACGAGAGACCUGGCAACAAAGCUGUGGAUUGUUACAAGGCCAGCUACAACCCACACCAGGCUGCCAGGCAGCCAGGUAUGUUUAACCCUCAAACUGCCCAUCAAGACAGUCGCUUUGACCACCUUCAGAGGGACUUUCUGGACUCAAAACAAAAUACUGUUGAGUCUCAAAGGCUUGCUCAGCUCCAGAUAAUCAACAAGGCCCAAUUAAGACAAAUUGAGGACUUGGAGCAGAAACUUGAAGACAGUAGGCGCAAGAUAAGAUACCUAGAGCACCAGUUUGCCAUUGUGAAAGAUGAGAAGGAAGGUCUUGCUGUAUCGCUGAAGGAGUCAAGUCAUCUGAUAGAGGAGUCAAAGGAGAGGGAGAGUCAGCUGCAAGGCAAAAUCAAAUCUCUGGAGAGACAAGUUCAGGCUCUGACUGAGAGAGAGCAAGAGAGCGUGAAGAAGCAGCGCGUGGCAGAGGCAGCAGUAGACAGCAUGCAGCAGCAGAUGAUGGAGUUGUGUCGUUCUGAAACACUGACGCGUGCUCGCGAGCAGCACGAUCGUGAUAUGACAGCCAUGAGAGAGCAGCAUGAGGCCAGACUCCUUAGUCUACAACAGAAACUUGACGCUCAAACACAGGCCUUACAGGAGCAGAUGGAGGCAGGCCAGAGGCUGAGAGAGCAGGUGAGGCAGUUGGAGAGGCAGAGAGAAGGGGAGCAGGUGGAGAGAGCCGCAAUCAUUAACACUCUCACACAACAGCUGGAGCAGAGCCAACAACAGUGUGCCAAGCUGCUACAGACUGGUUCUGUUCAAGAGAUGAGUCAAAUACAAAUGAAACUGCAGCAGGCCCAGUCAGCCCUGAGCAUCAGUGACAACAUGAACAAAACCCUGCAGGAGGAGCUGAGUGAUCUGAAGGAGCAGAUCACCCUGUAUGAGUCGGCCAUUAGACACGGAGCUGUUACUCUGGAGGUCAAUGGAGACUGGGAACAGCAUCUCUCUGACUCCUACGUGGAACUUGGCAUCAAGAAAGCCCACUGGAAAAACAGUAGAUUACACAGCACUCCCCUAAUAUCCGAGGUGGUGGAUUCCAGCAGCCUGCCUAAGGAGGACGUGGUGCGGGAACUGAAGUCAGAGCUGCAGCGUUGUCUUUCCUGUCUGAAAUCAAAGAGACAGAGGAUCAGUCAGCUCCAGCAGGAGCUCCAGACUUCUCAAAGGCAGGUGGAGGAACUGCACACCCAGCUGGACCAGGCAGAGAUUAUUGCCCGGGACUCCAAGGUGAAGGAGACAAGCCUGGAGAAACAUCUGGAAGCAACCAACAUGGCUGCUUCUCUGCACCAAGAGCUAGCCAAACUGCAGGAAGAGAGACAACACCUACAAGACAGAGUGGAGUCUCUGGAGAAGCAGAAUAAGGAGCUGAAACAGAGUGAGGAUAAAGUGAAGGCAGCCAAUGCUGAGCUGUGUACUAAAAUGAGGGAGAUGAUCCAGGAGCUAGACCAGGAGAAACAGGAGGCAACAGAGAGGUACGAGAGGACACAGCAGCAGUUUAGAGAUGAUGUGGUGAACCGUGUACGUCUUGAGCUGACACAGGAACACGCAGCUCAGCUGGAGCAAAUCAACAGCCUCCAUCAACAAGAGAUACAGCAACUAGAGUCAAAAGUAGCUGAGCUCAGUCAGGAGGUGCUGGCAGUACAAGAGUGUUACAUUUCUGUUUGCAAGGAGAAGGACAAACUGGAAGAAAACCUGCAGAGCCAGAUUGAAGCAGAGAAGAAAGAGAAAGAGAAUGAGAUAAGGAGAAGAGAGGAGUGUGAAGCAUCUCUACAGAGACUGAAAGCUGAUUUGGACUCUCGGCACCAGGAGGAUGUGGAACGACUCAAAGCUCAGUGGGCCGAAGAGAAGCAGGUUGAGAUUGAAUUGCAGGUCACUAGCCAGCUUGCUGCUGCCAAGCAAGCCUGGCACAAGAAACAGGAUGAGGUGGAGAGGGCCUGGACUCGCAGGCUUGAGGAGGCUGUGGAGGAGAGCAGAAAAGUCAGUUCCAGGGCUACUCAGGAGGAGGCAUCUCAGACAUCCAGCCCAGAGAACCGAGGCAAGCUCCUCACUAUGGAGGAGGUGGAGGCCCAGCUGAGUGCUCAGAGAGCCACGCUGCAGCGAGAAGCAGAGACAGCCCAAGAGAGAUCCGUGGAUGAGGCCGUCCGACGCAUGGAGAGAGAACUACAGCAGAAACAUCUGGAAGACCUGUCUCAACAGGUUGAAGAGGCUGUUUCCAGGGCUCAUGCCCGCUGGCUCCAGAAUUUGACCUCUUUACCUGAGUACAAAGCCGCACUCCAGACGGAGAGAGAGGAAUGGGACAGGCUCCAGCAGCAGCGAGUCCAAGAACAGAUGUUCACAUCCCUGAGGACAGCAGAAGACAGGUGGCAAGAGAGCGUUCGAGAGACACGUGAGGAGCUGGAGGAGUCUCAGAAAAGGAUUGGAGAACUUCAAGAGGAGGUGCGCUGCCUGAAGUUGAAGCUGGAGCUGUUGCGUGAGGAGUACGCUGCUGAACUGGCCAAAGCCCAGGAGACCUGGAUCAGGGACAAAAAGGAGGAGAUCUCCCGACUUUGUUCCCAGAACCAGCAGGAGAAACAGACCCUGCAGCAACAUCACCAAACCCAGUUGGAGCAGAGACUGGAGCAACUCAGGGAGGAGAUGCGGAGGAGGACCCAUGCAGAGAUCCAGGAAGUCCUAAGGAGUAGAGAAGAGGAAUGGAGAGCAGAACAGGAGCACCGGCUCCAGCAGCAGAGAUGCCAGGGCUUGGAGGAGCUGUUGGCUGAGCUCGGGGAGGUGUUUGAGGAGCUCAGGAGGGAGGGAGUGGAGAAGAAGGGGAGCAGCAGGGAAGGACAGAGCCUCAGGAGCAGCACUGCAGCAUCUGGAAGCUCAUUGAGAGCCCAGCUGAAAGAUGCCUGCAGGGAGACGCUGACCAAAACCUUAGCCCAUGCCAAGCAAGAGUGGAGAAGGAGCAGUGAGGAAAGACUGAGGCGUGUGCUGAAGGAAACCCAGGAGAGACAUGAGAAGGAGAUCAACCAAAUGAAUAACUCCGUGGCCCAGCAGAAGGAGGAGGCAUGUAACCGUAAGAGCUGUACUGAGACCGGAACCAAACUGCAGAAGAAAAUUCAGGAACUUCAGAAACACCUUGAGAAAGCCUGCCGUCAGCUCCAGCAGACCGUCCGCCAACACAAAACCACCUUGCAGAAACUUAAAGAGGAGCAUGAAGAAGCCCUGCAAAAAGAGAGGGAGAGCAACUUACAGACACUAGAAGAGCUGAAACAAUCGGUCAGCGCUGAUUCACCCUCAGGGGGUCAGCAGGCUCUGCAGGCAGGGCUGGAGGAAAUGAAAGAGCAGUACAUGAAAGCCGUGGAGAAGAUCAGAGGUGACAUGCUACGAUACCUGCAGGAGAGCAAGGAGAGGGCGGCCGAGUUGAUCAGAGUGGAGGUGCAGAGAGAGAGACAGGAUACAGCCCGGAGAAUGCGCCGAUACUACCUCACCUGUCUACAGGAGCUACUGGAUGAUGGGGGCCAGACAGCAGGUGCUGAGAAGAAAAUCAUGAAUGCUGCGAGCAAGCUGGCGGCCAUGGCCAAGGUGCUGGAGACUCCCAUGUCCAAGAAGAGACUGGUCAAAAAUCAGAACAGUCAGGGUGGGGCAUUGAAAAGAGAAGGUGCCAUUGAGGGCCAUCCAGGCGAAAUCUUAGGUGCCAUCUCAGGGCAGAGCGUUUCUGCCUCAGCUGAAACCCGUGAUCACCAUACGAGAGUGGAGAAGAUCCAUCACAGCCCACCUCUCACUGACAAUGACCGUAUGACUGGAAAAGCAAAACUGAGUGGUACCAAAUCAGCUAGUAAAAGCUCUCAUUUAGGUCAUCUGAAGACAGGAAGACUAAAAAGCCCCAAGGAUUCUGACACGAAGCCAAAUAUCUCACAGCCUCUUCUACAGUCUUUUAAACAUACCAGCCUUAUUGGCUCUGGACCAUCCUCUGCUCAGUGUGUUUUUAACGCUGACACCAGUGUGGCGAAUGUCACCGUACGGCAACAGGGCAGGGAAACAUACCUGCCGGGGAUGGAAAGCAGACGGUCUGAUGACCGUUUGACUGGACGGACGACUGUCGAGCCGUUUCACAUAGAAGAGCCACCUGUCAAAGACGAUGGACAAAGAGAGUGGAGUUUAAGCAGCAGCAGUGGAUCUGAUUUUAGCCACCAAAUUCCCUUGUCCUCGUUUCCCGGCAAGAGAACAGAACCAGUCAAACCGUUCUCUGUCACUGCCCGGUCUGCAGAAGAUCUGGAUGACUUUGGGAGUUUGUUGGGGGAGAACUCGGAUGCGACGGUAUAUAAGGAGAUUGUUAAAGGACCACCUUACUCACAACUCAAGUCAUGUACAAGCACAGGGAUACACGGUAGCAGAGAACCAAUCCCAGGGUUUGAGGGAGAGGAGGUGUCACACAGGCUGUGUUCAAAGAACCUUUUCUCAGAACUUACGGUUCAUCAUCAGGACAGUGGGUUUGACAGCCCUCAGUGUCUGCUUCAAAAAUAA